AUGUUGUCGAGCACGGCGGCGGCGGCGGCGGCGGCCAUGGCAUCGCUGCGCACCCUCCCGCUCCCGGUGCUCGUGCCCCUCGUCGCCUCAGCGCUCGUCUUCCUGGCCACCGUGCUCCGGCGCCUGCUGAGGCGGCAGCGGCCGGUGUACCUCCUGAACUACAGCUGCCACCUCCCGGACGCGGAGCGGCAGCAAGUCCGGUCUGGGGCAGGAACCUUCGCGCCGCCCUUCAUCUACUCGGGCAAGUUCGAGAAGACGCUGGCCUUCGCCAUCCAGGAGGCCGAGGAGGGCCUGUUCGCCGUCGUGGAGCAGCUCCUGGCGAAGUCGGACGUGAGUCCAAGCGACAUCAGCGUCCUGGUGGUGGCCUGCUCCAUGUUCUCCCCGAUGCCGUCGCUGGCGUCCAUGAUCGUGCACCGGUUCAAGAUGCGGGCCGACGUGAAGUCGUACAGCGUCGCCGGGAUGGGUUGCAGCGCGGGGACGGUGGGCAUCGACACGGCGGCGCGUUCGCUGCGCGCGCGGCGGGCGGGGUCCGGCGGGUACGCGCUGGUGGUGGUGACGGAGAACACGAGCCUGAACUGGUACUUCGGCAAGAACAAGCACAUGCUGGUGACCAACUGCAUCUUCCGCGUGGGCAGCGCGGCGGCGCUGGUGACGGACGUCCCGGCCCGGCGCGCGGACGCCAAGUACGAGCUGGUGCGCACGCUGCGGACGCACCACGGCGCGGACGACGCGGCCUUCAACGCGGCGCUGCAGAUGGAGGACGAGGAGGGCAACCUGGGCGUGGCGCUCACCAAGGACCUGGUCCGCGUCGCCGGCGCGGCGCUCCGGAGGCACAUCACCACGCUUGGGCCCCAGGUGCUCCCCAUGUCCGAGAUGCUCCGGUACGCGUGGCGCGUGGCGCGCGCCUACGCGGCGGGCAACCGCAAGGCGGCGGCGGCGGAGGUGCCCGACUUCCUGCGCGCAUUCGAGCACAUCUGCAUCCACUCGGGCGGGAAGGCGGUGAUCGACUCGGUGGCGCGGCUGAUGGGGUUCGGGCCCUACGUGGUGGAGCCGGCGCGGUCGACGCUGCACCGGUUCGGCAACACCUCCAGCAGCCUGGUGUUCUACGAGCUGGCCUACUUCGAGGCCAAGCGCCGCGUCCGCGCCGGCGACCACCUCUGGAUGCUGGCGUUCGGGACCGGGUUCAAGGCGUGCAGCAACGUCUGGCGCGCGCUGCGGGACGCCGCGCCCGACGCCGACAACCCGUGGAACGGAUGCGUCCACCGCUACCCGGUGCCGCCGCCGCCGCCGUCCAAGACGCACAAGCAUGCUUGA